AUGACUGAUUCACAACCACAACCAACACCAGCAGUAGAUGCUGAUGCAUGGGAAAGGCUAUUGCAAGAAAAUUACGGACGCUAUGACACAUGCAAGGAGACUUAUAGCUUUUAUGAUCAGCUCAAAGACGGCAAGAUACAUUCGAGCGUCGUAGACAUGUUUAAAGAAAAUCGAGAACGGCAGACAUUUGAUUAUGUUAUGCAAGCUCGAGAGAAAUAUCGAAAAUUGGACAAAGCUACGCUUAGCAUAUGGGACGUCCUUGAUCAACUCGACAAUCUGGAAUUUGACAAGAACACGGUUCAACUUCAGCAAAAGGUGCAUGCGUUUCAAAUGGCAGAAGCCAUGCGUCGUGAAGGGAUGCCACGAUGGAUGAUUCUCACAGGCUUGAUACAUGACUUGGGCAAGUAUCUUUACGUUCUCGGUGAAAAACAAUGGACGGUCAUUGGCGAUACCUUCCCCGUGGGUUGCAAGCAUUGCGAGAGUGUUCUCUUUUCUCAAUUUUUCGACAAGAAUCCAGAUUCCAAUCAUCCUGUUUACGGAACAGACCACGGCAUAUACGAACCACAUUGUGGUCUUGCCAAUGUUUAUAUGAGCUUUGGACACGACGAAUACAUGUACAUGGUGUGCAAAUAUUAUCUCCCACCCGAAGCAUUGUUCAUAAUCCGAUACCAUUCAUUUUAUUCAUGCCAUCAAGAAGGUGCAUACGCGUGGUUAUUAAGUCAACAAGACAUGCAAAUGAUGAAAUGGGUGAAGACAUUCCUGCGUUAUGACUUAUAUUCGUAUUCAGAGGAGCUGCCAGAUUUGGAUAGCAUCAAGCCGUAUUACAAGGAGCUCAUUAGUGAAUACUUCCCAGAUAAGAUACGAUGGUAG